ACAGACAAACAGCAAAAGAUGUCAAGGGAGGAACCCGGAGCUUGGAAUUGGGACAGGAAAGCUUGAACGUUGCAGAACUAAACGUGCACUUGACAAGAGAACGCACCUCUCCUUUUCUCAUUUCGGGAAAAUCCCGCAACGAUAUCUUCACAGAUAUUAAGUACCAGCUCUGCAGUUUGCCAUCUGGCAGAGUGAAGACAUGGGCGGCACAAAAGACUCAAUGCCUUUAAUGGUGGUCGCAUAUGUAUCGGCUGUACUGAUCGGUUGCGCAUGGAGCUGGGAAGGGGCAUGCCUGCAAGACGGUUGGCACAAACCCAAGCCCGGUCCGGAGCCAAAUCUGAGAGACUGCGCGCUGUACCGAGAGAAUUCCUGCUGUUCUCAGGAGCACAUUGAAGAUAUUUCAGGCUACCCAGCUGCCAUGAUGGGCAAUGAGUCUUGGGAUUGGUGUGGAUCUCUUAGCCCGAGUUGUGAAAGCUUCCUGAAGCGUGUGGCUUGUUUCCUCCGAUGCUCCCCAGAUGCCAUGCUGUGGGCCCUCGUCCACCCCCCAGACACCAUUCAGGCCACACCCCUCUGCCGCAGCUUCUGUACAAACUGGUUUGAGGCUUGCAAGAAUGACAUGACAUGCGCAAGGAACUGGACAACCGACUGGGCGGGAGUCAACUGUACAGGGCCCUGUGUGCCUUUCCAUCAGAUGUACAAGGACGAGAGUGACCUGUGCAACCACAUGAUGGGGGAUGCUUUCAUGACAGUGGAGGACCAGGAGGAUGUGGGAGAUGGAGGACCUUGCUGCCUGACCCUGAGCGUCUCUGACAGGGCAGUUAUCAAUUCUAUGCAGGGAGGCAAGGGGGGCGCCAGCGUGCCGAAGACCACCCAGAAAGGCCCCCGUCCCGUCAGGUCCUGCCACCGCCUGCUGCCCCCACAGGCUCGGAAGGGAGGUAAAAAUGCAGCUGUGAGCAAACGCUCUGUCGCCAAGGAUGACGCAGAAGGCAGCGGCAGUGGGUUCUAGAAUACUGAGGGACACUCCCUGAAAAGAAGUCAAAUUUUGCAAACCCCCCUCCCCCUGCCAAAUAAUUUCAAUAAAUACAGGGACCAUUAUUUAUAGCUACUUUCAAGACCCCCAUCCAACCCCCGUAUCCCAGCAUUAAAACAAAAUUGUGAUUGGAUGAUGGGUACAGCUGGGUGGAGAGACACAUUAGCCAUCCAUCUGAAUGUUAAUUCCAUCCACGGAUUUGCACUAUAUUCUUAAAAUCAUAUUUUGCAUAAACUUAAACUGACAUAUUAAACAAUAUAUUGCCCACCAUUACAUGGAUGCUAUAAACAUGGUAUUACAUGUCACAUACACCAAGCAUGAAAAAGAUACCAUAUAUAUUACAUCACACACGCACAACAUAUAUCAUAUAUGCAAUAUUACACAUCACAUACAAUGAACCAGACAUACCAUAUAACAUAAAAUACAUCACCAAAACAUAUACCACAUAUAUGAAUUGCAUAAAUAAUUCAUAUACCAUAUUAACCACAAAUAUGGUACACUGCUUAUACCCUUCUUAACUAAUAUAUUGUACCAUCUGUUGCAAGCCCUAACCCAGCAUAACAUAUCAUACGAAUAUAGUUAUAGGCAUGAAAUUUUUUUUUCUUGCUUCAGAAGGAAUUAUGGUUUUGCUGACAGAAUGGGGCAAUGUUAGAGAUGAAGUGAGUUAGUAGACUUCAGUUAGUGCACAGAGCUCCUAUAAAAACAGGGUUGCAGGAUUUAGCCCAAGGGUGCACACCUCCAGGCCUGGGUCUGUUGUGUAUGCUUGUUUUUUUUCCCAACCAAUUACUCUGGUAUAGUUUUCUAAAUAGAAGUAUAAGCCAAUGCUGGUUCCUUCACAUGUGUCCACAGUCAUCUCAGAUACAUGGGCAGUCAGCAACUGUAGUUCAUGACAUCAAAAAUGUAUAUGUAGCAUAAGAUUUGAAAAUGUAGAGGUGAGUGGGGUCAGCUGUAAAAAUCACCUUUCAGAUAAUUUCUGUACCUCUGCAAAGUAAGUGCAGGUCUUUUAGAAUCUACAAAAGAACAAAAGUCUGACAGUGAAAGAAGAACGGCAACGAAACCUUUACAAUGAAUGAAUAAAAUGAUCUUCAUAGCAGGCAGGAAGCCAUGGUGUUUGUGUCUGACAAGCUUUCACAUGAUUAUGAAUAUUGCUAUUAUUGCUAUUACAUUACAUUACAUUACAUUACAGGCAUUUAGCAGAUGCUCUUAUCCAGAGCGACGUACAACAAGUGCAUUAGUUCAAGGUGCAGAGGUGAUGUUAAUGAUAUUGCUAUACAGAAGACACAAAUAUGGGCAUUUUGGGUUAGCCAGAAAGUUGGAGCUAGAGCAGGGGUGUCCUGUCUUAUCUGAAAAGGGCCAGUGUGGGUACAGGCUUUUGUUUUAGCCCAGCAAGAAGACACCUG